AUGGAAGAACCCCAUGCUAUACCUUUACAGUUCCAACUACUUUUCAACUGGGAAAUUGAAUCUACGCCUGAUGCUCUGCUCAAACAUCGAACUAGAAUGUACCCUGCCUUCAAAGUGGAUUUAAACAACACGCCCAUCUAUCGACUCAUUUAUCACGAAUUUGAACGGCACUAUAUAUCAGCAGGGCAGUUAUUCAAAGCAAACGGUAUCACGCUUACAGAGGGCUUGUUCCUGUUUGAUCUCAAAAUGACAGAUUUUGAAGUGGAUUUCUUGAUUGCGCAAUUCCCAUUUUGUGAUAUAUGGGUCAGCGUGGACCAAGCUAGACACAUGGCUCUGGCGUUAGGCAUUGAGCAUGAAUUGGGACUAUUGCUCGGCGAGGAAAUUGGCGCAUGCUUUUCAUCAGAUAACAUCGGCCGAAAUGAAAUGAUGCAUAAUUGGAUCGUGCCAACAAUACCCCAUCUGCAGUACUCGACUCGUGCAUUAAUGGAGACGACCUUUGAAGCAGUUGACAUGCUAGAGCCGUCCAACCGCAAGAUCAGAACACAAAUUGCACGGUCAAAGCAAAAGGGAAUGGUCAUGAAAGACAGAACAGAGAGUGGAUUGGUUCGAUGGCAGGUGUGGGCAUAUGAACAAUUUUUACAGCAGAAUGCAAUACAAGAUCAACAGCCAGUUUUGCCUAUUUUGGAUCGCUCAGGAUCAGUAUGGGAUGCGUUGCAGGGAAUUCUAUCUGAUUUGCAGAAUCUUACACGGGAAGGAGCUCAUGGCACUGCGAUAACAAAUGCAAGAGUUUUGUCAGACAAUAUGAUGGUGGGGAACAUGCCGUUGAAAAAGGAGUACCUGAACCAGAGUCUGCUACUACAGCAACUGUAUACAGCUGUCAUGGCUGAGAAGAUUAUGAACGAAAUCGAGCGUUUAACUACAGCGCGACAUGCACAUGGGUCCAACGAUCAACUAAACAGCACUCAACAAGAGACAUCCAAUGCAUCAUCUCAGCAAGAAGAUAAAGAAAACUGCCUGACAAACACCGUAAGCACUGCCACAACGACUGCAACCACACAUGCGAAUCGCAGCGGCACCAAUAACAUGCUGUUUCAUGAUCGGAUGGAUCUGAUCGAACAAGAGCUGUAUCGUGUCAAGAGGAAGAGUAAAAAGAGAAUGGAAGAAUUGGAGUUGUGUCAGCAGGAAUUUAUCUCUCAAUUGAACGAUUUUAAACAAUGGAAGAUUGAAACUGAAAGAAAGAGACGAAGCGAAAGGGUGUGGAUUUUCAGCAUUUGCAUUGUGAUUUACCUAGUGAUUUAUACCUUUAAAAAAUAA